AUGGCGAAACAAAAGAAAAGGGGCCAGGCUGGGCAAGCGAAGAACUACAUUACUCGAACGCAAGCUGUGCGCAAACUGCAGAUAUCCUUGCCCGACUUUCGGAGGCUCUGCAUUUUCAAGGGCAUCUACCCUCGCGAACCCAGGAAUAUCAAAAAGGCAAGCAAGUCGGCCACCCACUCGACAACCUUCUACUACACCAAAGACAUCCAAUACCUCCUCCACGAGCCGUUGCUAGCCAAGUUUCGUGAACAGAAAGCCCUCGAGAAGAAGAUUGCCAGAUCUCUCGGUCGAAACGAAGUGCAAGAUGCGGUGCGGUUAGAAAAACAUGGCAUGCCCAAGAUCAAAUUGGACCACAUCGUGCGAGAACGAUACCCGACUUUUGUUGAUGCUCUACGGGAUCUCGAUGAUGCCCUGUCGUUGCUGUCGUUGUUCGCAAGCCUCCCGUCAACCACCGAAGUCCCGGCCAAGGUCAUUUCGCGCUGUCAACGCCUCUGCCACGAGUUCGAACAUUACCUUAUAGCCACGAAUUCCCUGCGAAAGUCUUUCUUGUCUAUCAAAGGCAUCUACUACCAAGCGACAAUUCAGGGCCAAGAUGUAAUGUGGCUGGUCCCCUACAAGUUUGUACAGCGGGUGACGCAAGAUGUGGAUUACAGGAUAAUGGGCACGUUUGUGGAAUUCUAUUGCACACUGCUGGGCUUCGUCAACUACAGACUCUAUACUUCAAUCGGUCUCGUAUAUCCACCUAAAUUCGACAUGGUGUCCGACGAGCGAGGUGCAGAGCUAGCGGCGUUCACUCUGGAGGGUCGCGGAAUAGCUGGCGUGAUUAAUCGACAGGAAGAACAGAACACACCGGCGAAUGGCCAUGCACAAAAUGGAAAUACAGAGGCGGUCCAGGCUCAAAUUGAUAGGAUUGCCCGAGAAACUCCGGCCCAAGAGGACGUCAAGCAGGAUGAGCAAGUCGAGGACCAAGUGCAAACUGACACCAUUGACACCUUCACCCCCGCCGCACCGGAAGGCGACAUUCUACCGCAGCCUGGCCUGACAGGCGAUGAGGCAGCGCAUUUGUUCUCGGAUUUCACCUUUUUCAUUUCUCGUGAAGCCCCUCGUCAUCCCAUCGAAUUUCUACUGAGAGCGUUUGGUUGCAAACGAGUGGGAUGGGAUGCCGUGCUAGGCGAGGGUGCAUUUACUCACGAUGAAAGAGAUCCCAGGAUUACGCAUCAAAUCGUCGACAGGCCUGCAACGUCGCAAACAUUGCUUUCCAUCCAGGGCCAAGAAAGCUCGAAAGAUCAAAAUGUUCAGGCUGUCAAACCCGGGUAUAUCAUGCCUGGAAGAAUCUAUAUCCAGCCGCAGUGGAUAUGGGAUUGUGUAAAUGAGGGUAAACUGCUACGGACCGAUUUGUAUGCGCCCGGAGAGACGCUGCCUCCCCACCUGAGCCCGUGGGUGAAGCCCAUCAACGGCCAAUAUGAUCCAAGGGCAACGUUAGAGGAACAGGAGCCGGAAGGGGAGGCUGACGCAGCGGCUGCCGGGGAGAGUGAGGAUGAGCAAGAGCAAGAAGAGGCGACUCGACUUUCUGCCCAGGAACAAGAUCGGGAGGAAGAGGGCAAGUUUGAUGACGAAGACGAAAUAGACGCAUAUGACAUGGAUGUCGCACCCUCGGAUGACGAAUCAGAAGAGCAGGCUGAAGAUGAGGAAGACACUUUCGUCGGCUUCGACGAUGCGGUCUCAGAGGAGUCCGACCUGGACGAGGACACCCAACACCAGAAGGAACUCGAAGCAGAAGCGGCUGGCCGCCCUGUCAAAUCGAGCUCGAACGGAACAGACCAGAAAGCCAAGGCCCUCAAAGCCCGACAGACGGAACGAUCUCGAAAAGAGGAAGAAAUUGAGCGCCAAAAGAUGAUGAUGAGCAAUAAGAAGCGCAAACUGUACGAGAAGAUGCAAUACUCAAACAACAGACGAGAUGAAGAGGCCGAGAAACUGCGAAGAAAGCGGAGGAAGCUGGAAAAGGCCGGCAAAAGAUGA